AUGGCGACGCCAUCGUCAUUACCAAACCCCACGCGGGAUGCGCAAGAUCUGCCCCACGGACCUACCAAAGAAGCAUACGAACAAGGCCACGAUGCAGACAGCAGACUACCUGAGGAUUCAUUCUCCAAAGAUCCAGAGAAGGGCAUCGACAGCCAUGCCCAUUCAACCCACACAGACGAGCGAACAAUGUCUAGCAUCGCCCCACCAGAACAAGAACGAGACGCCAACAUCGUCGACUGGGACGGGCCAAAUGAUCCCGCCAACCCUCAAAACUGGACGGCGAAAAAGAAAUGGGGUAUCAUCUCCGCACUGGGUGCCUGUACCCUCAUCACUCCCCUCGCAUCCUCCUUCUUCGCACCCGGCGUCCCCCAGGUCCUCCGUGCCUUUAACGAAACCUCCAACAUAAUGGCCUCGUUCGUCGUCUCAGUGUACAUCUUGGGGUUCGCCAUUGGACCUCUGAUCAUCGCGCCCAUGUCUGAACUCUACGGACGCAUGCAUCUGUACAACAUCUGCAACGCACUCUUCGUUGUCUUCAACAUCGCCUGCGCGUUGUCCAAUUCCAUGGGCAUGUUAGUGGGCUUCCGUUUUCUAGCGGGGUGCGCCGGAGCCGCGCCCUUGACUAUUGGAGGCGGCACAAUCGCCGACAUGUUUCCUCCUGAACAAAGAGCUGGUGCAAUGGCCGUGUGGGCCGUCGGACCACUUCUAGGCCCUGUCAUCGGACCUGUAUGCGGAGGUUUCCUCGUGGAGAACCAAUCCUGGCGCUGGGUCUUCUGGAUCCUCGCCAUCUUCGGCGGCGUCUUCGGCGUCAUGCUCUUUUUCGUUGGCCGCGAAUCCUACCAUCCUACUCUUCUUGCUCGCAAGACAAAGGCCCUUCGGAAAGAAACUGGGAACGAGAAUCUGAGAUCGAAACUUGCUCAGGAUCUGCCGCCGAGGGAGAUUUUCAUUCGCGCUAUUGUGCGCCCGAUGAAGAUGCUCUUCCUUUCUCCCAUUGUCGGUCUCAUGUCCCUCUACGUCGCUGUCAACUACGGUAUCCUGUAUCUGUUCUUCACGACCGUCACGUUUGUUUUUGAGGGCCAAUACCACUUCUCCUCCGGCGCCGUCGGACUAUCCUACAUCGGUGUUGGUGUAGGCAUGUUCAUUGGUAUGGUAGCCCUCGGUAUCCUAUCCGACAAGAUCAUCGUCAAGCAAAAAGCCAAAGGAAACGUCAAGCCUGAACACCGCCUUCCGCUUAUCCUUACCCUACCCGGUGCCAUUGGGCUCCCCGUCGGUGUCUUCGUAUACGGAUGGACGACAUACUACAAAGUCCACUGGAUCGUCCCUAUCAUCUUUACCUCGUUCAUCGGUCUGGGUAAUCUGACGGCUAUGAUGACUAUUCAAACCUACCUCGUUGAUGCGUUUACUGUCCACGCUGCGUCUGCUAUCGCAGCGAAUACCGUUCUCCGCUCCAUGUUCGGUGCCUUUCUGCCGCUCGCUGGAUUAAACAUGUAUGAUGCUUUGGGGUUGGGGUGGGGAAAUUCUCUACUUGGGUUCAUCUCUGUAGCGUUUAUUCCGGUGCCGAUUCUAUUCAGAUACUAUGGUGAGAGGAUCAGGACGAACCCGAAGCUUCAGGUGCAGCUUUAG